CGACCUCAUUCCCUCCUGCUCGCUCGCAUCCGCUAUCCAUCGUCGACGCACGCAAUACUGGUUCCGCCUCUUGGCUUCUCCUUUUCUGUCCCCGAAUAGCCACACCCGCACGGCUAGCAAUAUGGAGGGACUCUUCUUCAACGUGAACAACGGUUACGUUGAAGGCAUCGUUCGUGGCUACCGGAACAGCCUUCUGACAAGCCCGGCGUACAACAAUUUGACCCAAUGUGAGACGAUUGACGAUCUCAAGCUCCAGCUCGGUCCUGCGUACGGCGACUUCCUCGCCUCGCUGCCCCCGAACCCAUCCACGUCAAGCCUCGCCUCCAAGACUACCGACAAACUCAUCUCCGAGUUUCGAUAUGUCCGUGCCAACGCUGUCGGCUCGCUCGCGACGUUCAUGGACUACGUCACCUACGGCUACAUGAUUGACAAUGUUGCCCUGCUCAUCACAGGCACUCUACACGAACGUGAUACCCGCGAACUGCUCGAGAGAUGCCACCCCCUCGGCUGGUUCGAGACCAUGCCUGUGCUCUGUGUCGCCACCAACAUCGAAGAGCUUUACAACAGCGUACUCAUCGAGACGCCCUUGGCGCCCUACUUCAAGGGCAGCCUGAGCCAUCAAGACCUGGACGAGCUCAACAUUGAGAUUGUGCGCAACACUCUCUACAAGAACUACCUGGAGGACUUUUACAACUUUGUCAACACUCACCCUGACAUGGCCGGCUCACCCACUUCUGAAGUAAUGUCUGAGAUUCUCGAAUUUGAGGCUGACCGACGAGCCAUCAACAUCACCCUUAACUCCUUUGGCACCGAGCUGAGCAAGGCAGACCGUAAGAAGCUGUACCCCAACUUCGGCAAGCUCUACCCCGAGGGAACCCUGAUGCUCUCGCGCGCAGAGGAUCCGGAGGGUGUUCGUCUGGCCGUUGAUGGUGUCCAUGACUACAAAACAUUCUUUGAUGCCGCCUCGCUCGGCGGCUCCUCCGGCCCGGGCAACAUGGGCGGCGGUUCCUCCGACGGCAAGACCCUUGAGGACAUGUUCUACCAGAAAGAGAUGGAGAUUUCCAAGAGUGCCUUCACGCGACAGUUCACUUAUGCCAUCGUGUAUGCGUGGGUAAAGCUGAGAGAACAGGAGAUUCGCAACAUCACCUGGAUCGCCGAGUGCAUAGCCCAGAACCAGAAGGACCGCAUUGGCAAUUUCAUCAGCGUCUUCUCAUGAGCUCGUUUGGUCCACAUCGAAUUCUCAGCAUGCGUGUAGUAUAGCACACCCUCAGGCCGUGAAGAUUCCUCGCGGUGGGGUUUUAUGUAUUUGGCGUAAAUGGGGCGAGGGCACAGAAGAGUGUCGUGUACGUGUUCGCUCGUCCUCGAAUGGCUUGAUGGUAUUGUACAUACAGAACAGAGUAUUUUACAGCGCUACUAUAGCUCGAUUUGGCCCUUCCACGUGGCAGGUGUCAACCCCAGCUUCUCCAG